GGACUAGACAUGGCGAAUUGAUAUCAUGUGGGAUAAUUGUAUCAAGGAAACAAAAGAUUAAUUGCGAAGCUUCAGGUCGACGUUCGGCAUGUGAAAGUCAGAGUCAUCGCGCUCGGGCUCGGAUCAGAAACGUCACCGGCCCGGCCUGCCAAAGACGCCUGACCCAAGCCAGACCCAAAGAGAGACGGGCAUGCCGGCUCCUCCGCGACUGCCUGACCGAAUCACAUGAAAAUUGAACAGAUAAUCGAAUCUCCCUCUAGUCUCUCCUAAUCUGACAAGCUCCUUCCUUUCUUCACCUCCAGUUCUUGCGUGUUUCUCCGUUGCUUGUUUCCCAAAUCGCACCUUCCACAGUUACAUCAUCUUGCGCCGGCACUUGACGACCGUUUGGAUCACAGCUCUACGCGACACGUCCGUCAUCUUUUGCAUCAUCGCGUACAGUUCUAUACAACUUCCUUCAUCCUGGAUCAAUAGUAGAACAUGGCGUCAACACAACCUAUACCCGAAACUCGGGUAAUAUCACCGUCACCGACACCCACCGAAUCCUCGUCCGCACGCGACAGCUACUUCACCAGCACAACCAAAAAGCGCAAUGGCCGCGUCAAGAGCCCACCGUCCAUCGCAGAAUCGCCAGAAUCCUCCGACCCAGAAAGCAGCCGCGCCAGACCCCGAAGCCGAAGUCCCAAACUCUCAAAGAAAGACUCGGCAAGAAAGAUCCCCAAAUCUCCACCAGAGCCUAUAAAAACAGAUGGACAUUUGGAUCCGAGUAGUGCGGGCAUGGGCUCGAGUUAUUGGCGCAACUUGAGUAGGAGUCCGAGUCCGCUGGGCUUGAUCCCGUUGCAUCGCGAAUGGCGCAGUUUCAUCCACAGACACGAGAUUCCGAGAAAGGCUUUGCAUGUCUCUAUUGGUUUCUUCACGCUGGGACUGUUCGUCUCUGGCGCGCAGACUAGUGCUAUACAUCCUCCUCUUCUUACCGCUCUGAUCCCCAUCUUCGCUGUCGAUUUCAUACGCAUGCAUUACCCCCCACUCAACCGCCUCUACAUCCGAGCUCUGGGUGCCUUUAUGCGUGAAUCAGAAGCCCACGAUAAGUACAACGGCGUAAUCUCCUAUCUCGCCGGCGCUUGGGCAGUCCUCCGCUUCUGUCCCAAAGACAUCGCCGUCAUGUCUAUUCUUCUCCUCUCCUGGUGCGAUACAGCAGCCUCCACGUUCGGCCGUCUCUGGGGUCGCUACACCCCUCGCGUCCGCAAGGGUAAAAGUCUGGCUGGCACAAUAGCUGCCUUUGUCACUGGUGCUGCUGCCGCAGUGGUGUUCUGGGUCGUUGUUGCACCAAGAGUGCCUGCCGAGUGGAGCACUGGAAUCAACGCCUUCGCGUUCGACGGAACCCUGUCAUUACCACCGACGAUCAGGAAUCUACUCGGUUGGAAAGAGGUGGAGAGUACAGUCUCUGGCACCGUCGCCACCACUAUCGUAGCCGUGGUCUCUGGACUUGUGGCUGCCGUCAGUGAAGCCAUUGAUGUCUUUGGUCUCGACGACAAUCUUACCAUCCCUGUGCUCUCGGGCAUUGGAUUGAAUGCUUUCUUUUGGUGUUUCGGUGGCGGUUUGGUUUGAUGAAUAUAUGAUACCUCUGGGGGAACAAGGGCGACAGGAAAUGAAUUGAGAGCAUGGCAGGGAGGCACGAAAACGAAAUUAUCAUAAUGUAGAAUAUUCACAACUUUCCAUACCCAUCUUUAUGGUUCCUUGUGUCCUCUGGAAUAACCU